ACAGGGUCCGCAAACUCCGCAGACGGAUAGCUGGCUUCUGAGCCCCAGCUGUUGCAUUGCUGGCCGCUCAGAGCCAGGCUAGCCUUGGUCUUCCGCCCUUCCAAGACGAAAGUCGGAACUUGAGGGGGCUUUGCGGACCUCGACUUCCACUGCAGCUGCACCGCAGCGGUGCUGAGGGCUUGGGGCAUAGAGUUCAGCUUUCGAAAACGAUUGCAUAUUAGACCUCUUUUGUUCUUCCCUCCCUCGCAGGAUCGUAACCAGAGCCUGGGGAGCAAACCCCACUUAACGAGGCCUGGAGUUCCCGUGACUUCUGCCUCCCUGGACCCAGCUGCAGUGCCCCACCUUGCGCAGAUAGUCUAGCUAAUUAAGCCCUUGGGAAGCCAGCUCCCGGGUGGGUCGGUGGCUGGCUGGCAGCGUCCCUCUUCCUCUGCCCCGAGCACCUGGACCGCCUGCUUGGGCUCCCUGGAAAGCGCGGCUGGCUGGCCUAUAAGCGAGCCCCGGCUGUCCACGGAGAACUCUCUUGCCCCUGGCAGCGUUAGUCGGCCUGAGAAUAUCUGGCGAUCACGAUGGGAGGAGACAUGUGGUUAGUGCCCGUUGGGCAGAAGCUGCUCUACUGGGGUGCCACAGGCGCGGUUACCCUGCUGGGCACCAUCCUCGCGCUGACUCUGGUGCAGAUGUUGGUCGCUUAUGUCCGGAAAUGGAAUCAGAUGAAAGACAUCCCCACCGUUCGCAUCGCGUACCCUCUGGUGGGACACUGUCUGUAUAUGAAAUCUGAUAGCCAAGAAUUUUUUGAACAGAUCAAUUACUAUAUUGAAGAAUACAGACAGGAACCACUGCUAAAAUUGUGGAUAGGACCAGUGCCAAUGGUGGUAUUGUAUCACGCUGAUAAUGUGGAGGCACUUUUAUCAAGUUCAAAGCAAAUAGACAAGUCCUGCCUGUAUAAGUUCCUGCAACCCUGGCUUGGCCUCGGACUCCUUACAAGUACUGGAGACAAGUGGCGUUCCAGGAGAAAAAUGCUAACCCCAACCUUUCAUUUCACAAUUCUGGAAGAAUUCUUAGAUGUCAUGAAUGAACAAGCUAAUGUUUUAGUCAAUAAGCUUGAAAAACACAUUGACCAAGAAGCCUUUAACUGUUUUCUUGACAUCACUCUCUGUGCCUUAGACAUAAUAUGCGAAACUGCUAUGGGUAAAAAUAUUGGUGCCCAAGCCAAUGGUGAUUCUGAGUAUGUCCGCUCAGUUUUUAGGAUGACUGAUAUAAUAUUUCGUAGAAUCAAGAUGCCUUGGCUUUGGCUUGACAUGUGGUAUCUUCUGUUUAAAGAAGGAUGGGAACACAAGAGGAGUCUAAAAAUCUUACAUGAUUUCACAGACAAAGUUAUUGAAGAACGAGCCAGACAAAUGAAGGAAAAUAAGGCACAGAAGGAAGGGGAUAUGAAACCAAAAAACAUCAAACGGCUGGCUUUUCUAGACUUGCUUUUAAAUACAACUGAUGAAGAUGGGAACAUGCUAAGUCCUCAGGACAUUCGAGAAGAAGUUGAUACUUUCAUGUUUGAAGGUCAUGACACCACAGCAACAGCUAUGAACUGGGUCAUCUACUUGCUAGGUUCCCACCCAGAAGCCCAGCGCAAAGUACACAAUGAACUGGAUGAAGUCUUUGGAAAAUCCGACCGCCCUGUUACAGUGGAUGAUCUGAAAAAACUUAAAUAUUUGGAUUGUGUCAUCAAGGAGACCCUUCGUCUCUUUCCUUCUGUUCCUUUUUUUGCCCGCACUCUCAAUUCAGAUUGCUUUAUUGCUGGUUAUAAGGUUCCAAAAGGGACAGAAGCAGUUGUCUUACCCUAUGCCCUGCACCGAGAUCCAAAGCACUUUCCAGAUCCUGAGGACUUCCAGCCUCAGCGAUUCUUCCCUGAGAAUGCUCAUGGACGCCAUCCUUAUGCUUAUGUUCCAUUCUCUGCUGGACCCAGAAACUGUAUUGGUCAGAAGUUUGCAAUGAUGGAAGAAAAGACUGUCAUUUCCUGGGUGCUGAGGCGGUUUUGGAUCGAAUCCAUUCAAAAAAGAGAAGAACUUCACUUGGUGGGAGAGAUGAUUCUUCGGCCAAAGAAUGGCAUCUGGAUUAAGCUGAAGAGGAGAACAUAGGAGGGAACUUUAAAUUCGAUCGAUUGUAUUGGCAGUUCAUCAUCUAGCCUGAAAGAUGAGAGAGAGAGAGAGAGAGAGAGAGAGGGAGAGAGAGAAAGCUAGCUUACAAAAUUCUUGAAGAUAUAUUUGAAAUGUAAAUCCUCUGGUAGAGGACCCAUUUCAAAGGUCUGAUCUGUCUGCUUUCAUUGGCUUCAGAAUUAGAGCUAUGAAAGCAAAGUUUGGGUAUAUCAACUAUCAAUACAAAAGUUGGUAGUAACCACAUCCUUGACACGUUUCGUCAGAUGGUCACUGAUGUCAAUCACAGGAUGAGCAGGUAACAAGUUUUCCAACCUGGAGGAUAUAGAUCAAUUUGUUGUCCUGUGUUUAUAGACCCAAAUAAAUCAAGGAAAUCAACUUUUUUUUUUAAAAAGAGAAAUACUGACAUUUAGUUUUUAUUCCUCAUAAAAGCACAGAUGCUUAAGAAACCCCUUUUUCUUUGUCAAUUAUGCUCUCAUUGAUAGGAUCUAUCCUGAAGAAUAGCUACAAUUCCUUUGAGAUAAAAGGUCUAUUUUGUUUUGAUAUUUGAAAAAAAAAACUAGUAUUUUGUUCUUUUGACCUAAGAGAUUUAAAAUAAUUUUUUGAAUUAUAAUAAUUCGCUUGCAGUAAAAUUAUUUUAAAGCACUUUAUAUUUUCAAAGCCCUUAAUAAUCUUUAUCAGUUAUUUGUAAUUUACAUAAAGAAGCAAAAUUUUUAGAGCAAAGGGGAUCGUAGAGACUUCCAGCAAUCUUCACCCCCCAACUCCCAAAGAAAGCCAUUACCUGAAAGGGAGCAAAAGGGUCUCUGAAGAACCAAAAACAAAUGUCAUAAAAGAGAUGCCUUAAAGCCUGUGUACUUUUUAAAAAGCUUUAUUGAUUUUUACUCAGCACAUAAUUCUAAUAAAAUUGUUUUUCUAGCUUCUUAAUCCACAAAAAAUCAAAGUGUGUGGUGUAGGAGGGGAACGAUCAAAAUCCUAAUGACAGAUGCAUUGAUAGUAUAUGAGAGUAAAACUAGGAGGUAGACAAAAAUAUUCCAGAUUGCCCUGAAAUUAGAAGGGAAAUACUUAAACCUUUUCAGCUUGCAGAGGUAGGAUUCAGUUAGUGAAUGUGUAUAGAUAAAAUAUAAGUGGAAUGGUUUUGUUUCUCAGUCUAACAUGGUCAUGGUUAUCAUUUACUUACUGGGCUGUCUAAUAAUCAUGUAUGGGAUCUGAAAUAUUGAAAUCAAGGCACUGACUUUUGAAAAUAAAGUUUUGGGUUUUUUUAACUUCUAAA